CAAAAACAUAAAUGACGACGGGCGACAGGCUUAGGGCCCGGCUUCUGGUUCUAGUCGAUUUAUCAAUCCCCAAUGAAGAUCAAGGGUCCUCCUAAAUAAAACUAUUCCCCCGUUUUCUAAUAAAGCUAUUUUUGAUGCUGAAACGUCAAGUGCUUUUACUUUCAAGUACUAGAAUGCAUGGAAGUGGUACCCUUGAAUGGUGUGCUGACAUUGUGAAAUCUUUUUUUGCCAGGAAUAAUGUCAAGAAAAUACUAUUUAUUCCGUAUGCUAAUAAGGAUUAUGAUGAAUAUGAGGCAAUAAUGUCUCCACCACUACAAAAACUAGGCUUUGCUUUAGAGAGUAUUCAUCACAGUCCUGAUCCAAAAUCAGCUGUCAGCAGUUGCGAGGCAAUAUUUAUUGGUGGUGGUAAUACAUUCCUACUUUUGAAAACUUUAUAUGAACAUCAGUUAGUAGAUUUGAUUCGUAAAAGAGUAUUUGAGGAAAACAUUCCUUAUAUGGGCAGCAGUGCUGGCUCGAAUGUUGGGACAAAAAGUAUUUGCACCACAAAUGAUAUGCCUAUAUGUUAUCCUCCAUCUUUUGAAGCUUUAAAACUAGUCCCAUUUAACAUUAACCCUCAUUAUUUGGAUCCUGAUACUAAUAGCAAGCACAUGGGAGAAACUCGAGAGCAGAGAAUUAAAGAAUAUCAUGAACAACCAGAUUGUGCUCCUGUAUUGGGACUUCGAGAAGGUAGCUGUUUACUGGUUGAAGAUAUGAAAGCUACUUUAUUGGGUUUGCUUCCUGCAAAAUUGUUUUGCAAGGGGGAAGAACCCAAAGAAUAUGAAAUUGGAAGUGAUAUGAGUUUUCUGCUUGAUGAUGAAAAUUAAUGGAAUAUGCCUAUUUUUCAUACUGUUUGGUAAAAAUUAUUUUUAGAUUUCUAAGAG